GGCGGAUAGAAGAAACCAGGCUAGGGUUUAUUAGCCGUUGCAAUUCCCCUCUUCUACCCUCAACAACUUCUUGUGUGCCGUAGUGCCGGAGCUCGGAGCUUUUUUAGCAGUUGAAUCAGACGGUCACGGUCUUCACGAUGCCUAAGCAAAUCCAUGAGAUUAAGGACUUUCUUCUCACUGCCCGAAGAAAAGAUGCAAGGUCAGUGAAGAUCAAGAGGAGCAGAGAUGUUGUUAAGUUCAAGGUUCGAUGUUCCAAGUAUCUCUACACUCUCUGUGUGUUUGACCCAGAGAAGGCUGAUAAAUUGAAGCAAUCACUUCCUCCAGGCUUGAGCGUUCAAGACCUUUGAAAGCACGGAGUGCUGGAGCAAAAUGCUAGCAUAUUUCUUGUAGUUUUCUGAUGCCUGUUUCCUUGCAGUUGAACCUCAAGAUUUUGUGGUCUCACGUUUAGCGAGUUGUUGGGUAGAGAUAUACUUCAUCUACUGAAGCGAAAGUUGGUUGUCUUGCGAUGGAUUUUAGACUUGAGUUCUCUAGAACGACACAUCAAUUCGUUGUCCAUUUAAUGUUUUUAUCAAUAUUGAAGCUAAGAAAUUAUUAUCAAA